AUGGAUAUCGCACAGAAACUUUCGCGGCCGGAAAAUAAGCCUAUCUCCUGUAUUGAGAUGCAUACUUGUGGAGAGCCCACCAGGAUCGUAAUCGACGGAUACCCGAAUGUCACGGGUACCCUUCUAGAGCAGAGAACCCAGGCUCUCCAGACGCAUGACCACAUCCGGAAACGACUCAUGCUCGAACCACGGGGACACUACGAUAUGUAUGGGGCAGUCCUUCGUCCCGACACCGAGCUGACACAACUCGGCCAAGCCCAUAUGGGCGUGCUCUUCAUGACAAACAACGACUAUUCAACUAUGUGUGGCCACGCAACGAUUGCGCUCGGAAGGUUCCUCCUCGAUACUCAUGACCUGAACACCUUCCCUCGAAGGAAUGAUAUCAUUUGGGACCGCGAAUCGCUGAUUGCAGAUCUCAAUAUCCACGCUCCGUGUGGCCUUCUCCGACUAAGAGUCCCUGUCAGUCCCGAUGGGAGAGCUUCGGAUCCCAGUAAACCGGUAUCUUUCGUUUCGGUGCCCUCCUUUGCCACCGGUCUUCAGGUUCCUAUCAGCAUCGGGCAUCCCUGGCCGCAGUUGGAACAGAAAGAUGUCCCUGAAGCGUCAGUAUUAGUAGACUUUGCAUAUGGCGGAGCCUUCUAUGCCAUCGUCGAUGCCUCUAGCCUUGGCUUCAUGGGGCACUUACAAGAUGUCGACAUGCAAGAGCUGAGCAAGGCCACGGAACGUCUCCUCCUGAGUAUACGUGAGCAACCUAAGCUGACAAGCUACUAUCAACAUCCCGAGGAGCCUGACCUGUCGUUUCUGUAUGGUGUCAUCGUGACAGACAGCGUUCUUCGGGAAGGUAGCCCUGUCUCGAGCGCAGAGCUGGGCGUCUGUUUCUUUGCAGACCAGCAGGUUGAUCGAUCACCUACCGGUAGUGGGGUUGCUGCUCGAGAAGCCCUCGCAUACUGCAAAGGAGAGCGAGGCACCGGAUCAACAUGGUCCUAUCAUUCAUUGGUGUCAAACCGCGACCUAGCACCUCCUUUCGUUGGCACGAUUGAGAGCGCCGGCGGCAGUCCAAAACAAGUAAAAACGGCCCCAGUACACGUUCGGGUGAGUGGGCAGGCAUUUUAUAGCGGCUUCAGCACCUUCUCAGUGGAGCAGGAAGAUCCACUGGGUGAUACAGGCUUCGUCUUCACGAAGCUGGCGCUGGGGUAA